AUGAUUCGGCCAGAUUUAGUUCGCAUUUCCUCAUCCCCUCCUUCUCCCUCACCGUCAUCGCAUGAAUCCGUGGUGGCAGUUGAGAUGCAAAUCUCAACUCUUUUGCUCUAUUCACAGCAGUUGCUUGAAGAAGAACCUGGGACCACUACCACAAUGCAACUCCCGGGAUGGUUGAAAUGGAUAAUAAAAUACAAAAGCCUCGUCUUUUUGGUCUUGUAUCCCAUCAUACUAUGUCCCAUCCUCAUUGCCUAUCCUCAGCAGGAGUCGAAGGGGGCCUACACCCUGCUGCUGAUGGCCGGAUACUGGAUAACUGAAGUUAUUCCCAUCUACGUGACUGGUAUGCUGCCGCUCGUAAUGGGUCCACUGAUGGGUUUGAUGUCCUCCGGUGAGGCUUGCCACGAAUACAUGCGCGAUUCCAUCAUGCUCUUCAUUCACGGUGCAUUUUUGGCCGUAGCCACGGAACACCGUAAUUUGCAUCGUCGCAUUGGUGUCGCAGUGAUGAAGGUCAUGGGUGGUGACCCCCGACUCUUGAUGCUGGGCCUAAUGUUGCCAACUUGGUUCUUGUCCAUGUGGAUGAGCAACGCUGCCGCAACCAUUAUGAUGCUGACCAUCGUUGAGGCCCUGAUGUCGCGCUUGGAGGCCAUCAAACCAGCCGUGGAAGAAGGAAUCGCUUUACGAACUGACGAGGAGAAUGGCACCCACGAUGCUCAGGCCUGGAAUACCGGAGACAGCAACGAGAGCGUCACCGUUGUCGCUGCAAAAGAUCACAAGGGGAGUGGGUCGGAAGAUCUGCAGAAGUUGGGAUGCGGUCUGAGUUUGGGCAUUGCUUUUGCGUCUAGCUGUGGUGGAAUGGGCACCGUUAUUGGCACUCCGACCAACGUUGUGCUCUUUGGCCUGGUUACUGACACAUACGGACCUGAAACGACACUGAGCUUCGGUACAUGGGCCGCAUAUGGUAUUCCGCUCUCUCUAAUCCUCCUUUUAUUCGUCUGGGCAAUCCUCGGCAUGAUUUUUAUCGGACCAAAGAAGUUCUUCGCCUGCAAAAACCCGGACAAAUCUCGAGAGGCGGCAAUUCGCCAAAUUCUGGACGAGGAAAAGAGGUCAUUGGGUCCCAUUGAAUGGGCUGAAGGCUCGGCAAUUGGCAUCCUCGCAGUCAUCGUGGUCCUUUGGGUCACGAGAAAGCCUGGUGUCGACGGCUGGGCCGCUCUGGUUCCAUCUGGUUUCAACAAAGACGGCAAGUCUAUUCCGCUCACAACGGACACCCAAGCCGCUGUAUUGGGAACUAUUCUGGUCUGCGCAUGGCCUGCCAACAAUCCCUUCCGAAGAAGGCAACCUACUGAACAAGACAUCGAUCCCUUGGAACCAGUUUUGCCCUGGAAGGUGGCCCAGUCGCGUUGUCCCUGGCAGGUGCUCUUCCUCAUCGGUGGUGGCUUCUGUCUAUCGAGAAUGUGCACUGUGAGUCAAGUGGUUUGUUCUCUCUCUCUCGCGGUUGUCCACGAGGCAGUGUAUGGGGGAAUGAGCGUGUCUCGGGACUGUCCGAUCUAG